AUGUGGCCCAAACUCCCGCAACGAAUGAACCUUCAGGACUCGUUCCGGAGUAGGUUCACAAUGGGCGUCGGGGCCCCACCCAGACUUUUGGAGCUGGCUGGCCAGAGCCUGCUGCAGAAUGAGGCCUUGGCCAUCAUGGCUCUGGAGGAGCUGCCCAUUGAACUCUUCCCACCGCUGUUUAUGGCGGCCUUUGCUGGGAGGCACACCAAGGCUCUGAAGGCAAUGGUGCAGGCCUGGCCCUUCCCCUGCCUCCCGCUGGGGGCCCUGAUGAAGGACCACCAGCCUCAUCUGGAGACCUUUCAGGCUGCACUCGAUGGCCUGGACGUCCUGCUUGCUCAGGAGGUCCGCCCCAGGCGGUGGAAGCUGCAGGUCCUGGACUUGCGCCGGAAUACCCAUGAGGACUUCUGGACCCUGUGGUCUGGCAUCAAGGCUAGUGUUUGCUCACUGCUGGAGCCUGACCCGAUCCAGCCCAUGCAGAAGAGCCAAAGGGUGGAGUCACAGGCAGUACUAAAGCUGGUGCGGGCCCCUGUGGAGGUGCUGGUCGACCUGUGCCUCAAGGAGGACACCCUGGAUGAGACACUCAGCUACCUGCUGAAGAAGGCCAAGCAGAGGAGGAGCCUGCUGCACCUGCGCUGCCAGAAGCUGAGGAUCUUCACCAUGCCUAUGCAGAGCAUCAAGAGGAUCCUGAAGGUGGUGGAGCUGGACUCCAUCCAGGACCUGGAGGUGAACUGCAUCUGGAAGCUGGGCACACUGGGCAGGUUUGUGCCGCAUCUGGGGCGGAUGGGAAAUCUGCGCCGGCUGCUGCUGUCGCGCAUCCACAUGUUGCCGCGCACCACCCCGGACCAGGAGGAGCACUUAGUCGACCAGCUCACCACCCAGUUCCUGAACCUGCCCCACCUGCAGGAGCUCUACCUAGACUCCAUCUCCUUCCUCGAGGGGCGCCUGCACCAGGUGCUCAGGUGCCUAAAGACCCCUCUGGAGACCUUGUGGAUCACCAACUGCCUGCUUUCAGAGUCAGACCUGAUGUACCUGUCGCAGUGCCCGAGCAUCAGCAUGCUGAAAGACCUGAGCCUUAGUGGGGUCAACCUGACCAGCCUCAGCUUGGAACCUCUGCAGGUCCUGAUUGAGUGGACCUCGGCCACCCUACAGGACCUAGACCUAAAUGAGUGCGGCAUCAUGGACACCCAGUUCAGUUCCCUCCUGCCCUCCCUGAGUUGCUGCUCCCAGCUCACUACCUUCAGCUUCUGCGGCAACCCUAUCUCCAUGGCCGUGCUGGAGAGCCUACUUCAACACACCAUGGGGCUGAACAAGCUGAGCCACAUGCUGUACCCUGCACCCCUGGAGAGCUAUGAGGAUGUGAAUGGCACUCUGCACCUGGGCUUCCUGGCUGAGCUUCACACCCAGCUCAAGCAGCUGCUGUAUAAAUCUGGGCGGGCCAGCAUGGGCUGGGUCAGCGCCAGCCCCUGUCCACACUGCGGUGACCAGAUCUUCUAUGACACUGAGCCCAUCCUGUGCCCCUGCUACAUGCCCGCCUAG